AGCAGUAGUUGUUUAGUGACUGAGAGAGAGAGAGACAGACAUAUUAUUACAACAAAAACUACAACAAACUUACAAUUAAAAAAUGUUUGCCAAAAAACAACAAUUGGUGGUUAGUUUGCUAUCAAUAUUGGUGUUGUUAACAGUUAUUAAUUUAUAUAACUGUUCUAAUAAUUCWAUUCAUACGGGUGCUGCUGGUGGUGCUGUCGGUGCAAAUUUGGGUGCUCUUUCUACUGGUCCUCUUUAUCUUGUUCAUAAUGGUAGUAAUAGUUAUUGGACUACCAGACAAUCGUCUAUAGCUAAUAAUAAUAAUAAUAAUUCAAUUCAUACGGACUGUCCAGACAUACAUUGGGUAUUACGUAGCGAAUGGGGUGCCCGUUCACCCAACCGAUCGAUACCACCCAUGCAACUACCGGUCAGCCAUGUAUUCGUACAUCACACCAGUAGCUAUUCGAGACAGUGCCGCGAUCUGAACUCAUGUAUACUGGCUGUCCGAUCAAUCCAGGACAAUCAUAUGGACGUACGCGGUUAUCCAGAUAUUAGCUACAAUGCCCUAAUCGGCGGUGACGGCCGAGUAUAUCUGGGUCGCGAUUAUAAUACCCAGGGAUCCCAACCCCUGGGAAUGGCCGAUCAAUCGAUAACGGUUGCCGUUGUUGGCCAGUAUGAUCAGGUAGAACCUAGCGAUUUGGUAAUUGAGACUGGUAAAAAAUUGAUGCUAUGCGGACUCCGGCGAUUACAUGUUCGGCCAGAUUUUGAACUACACGGCCACCGGGAUCAGGUAUGCAAUACUUCAAGUCCGGGCCAGCGAUUGUACGAUCGGAUCAGUCAUUGGCCACAUUUUCGUAAAGGACCCCUACCCAGCUAUCGAUGUGCUGCUGCUGCUGCUGGUCAGCAAUCAGCACCUGUAGUAGCUCCGGCAGCUUUGGCAGCUUUGGCAGCUCCGGCAGCUCCGGCAGCUCCGGCAGCUCCGGCAGCUCCGGCAGCUCCGGCAGCUCCGGCAGCUCCGGCAGCUCCGGCAGCUCCGGCAGCUCCGGCAGCUCCGGCAGCUCCAGUAGCUCCAGUAGCUCCGGCAGCUCCGGCAGCUCCGGCAGCUCCGGCAGCUCAUGUAGCUCAUGAUAGUCGUAGUCAUAUUAUUGCUUAUUAAUAUUAUUAUUUUUUAAAAAAAAAAUCUAAAUAAUAAUACAAUUAAUUUGGUUAU